CAUUAAUGAAAAUGUUGCAUAUUAAGUUGUGAAACAAUAGAGAAUUAUCGUACAUUUAAUCUGUCCUGCCUGUUAUUUGGUAGAAAAGCAAAGGGUUAAUUUAUGCAGAAUAAAUAAUAAAUAUUUUAUUGAAAGAUAUCUGACCGUGGAACAUUUGUUUUUGUGUGAAAAAAGGAUGCAAAAAUGAAUAAAAAAGGAUGUAUUUUAUUUUUACGCAAUUGUUAUUAUUUUAUUCAUUUGUUUUUCGUUUGAACAUGUGUCAAUGUUUCACUUUUCAGAAUAUAAUGACAUGUCAAGUGAUAGUAAUAGUGGGGAUGAUUGGGAGGAAAACAGUGAAGAUCACAUUUUGUGCCUGUUUUGUACGGAAAUUGUUAAUGGAUUUCCCUCCGCACUGCAUCAUAUUGAGACCCUUCACAAGUUCGAUCUCUGCGAUUUUAUAAGGAAACAUAUUCAUGAUACUUACUCAUACAUCAAACUAAUCAAUUUUGUUCGUCACAAGGAGAUUUUACCGGAACAACUCAGCACGCUGGGCAUAGAGAUUUGGGACAAAGAUGAGUAUUUACAUCCCGUAGUAGAGGAUGAUCCAUGGUUAAUGUAUGACAUCGAAGAUCUUAUUAACAUCAAAGACGUGGGUGAAGAAAAGGAAGGAAGACAAAUGUAUGAAAGCAAUAAUGUAAUUUUAUCACAGACAGAGUAUGAAGAUAUGAAAAGAACUAUCAGGUUGCUCAAAUCUCAGCUGAAAGAAAGUGAAACAACGUGUUUUCUAGUGAAGCAGCAAAUGGAAGAGAUGAAAGAGAAAGCUCAGAAAUUAAUAUUGGGUGAUGAUUUGGAUGAAAAGGAGAAGAAUCCUCAUAAUUCUAACGCCGACGAAGGCUAUUUCAAUACAUACAGUCACUUUGCUAUACAUCAUGAAAUGUUGACAGAUAAAGUACGAACGGAAAGCUAUCGUGACGCACUAUUAACAAAUUCUAACAAAUUUCACUAUUGUGUAAUGUUGGAUGUUGGUUGUGGGACUGGUAUUCUAUCUAUGUUUGCGGCAAAGUCUGGCUGCCGUAAAGUUAUCAGUGUCGAUCAAUCUGAUAUGAUAUAUCAAGCUAUGGAUAUAGUAAGGGAAAACAACCUGAACGAUAUAAUCACUUUGAAAAAGGGUCGUUUGGAAGAUAUUAACAUAGGACUGGAAAAAGUGGAUGCAAUAAUAUCUGAAUGGAUGGGAUAUUUCCUCUUAUUUGAAGGAAUGCUGGACACAGUUAUUUAUGCUAGAGAUCGUUAUCUGACACCUGGUGGAGUAAUUCUUCCAAACAGAUGCACAAUCAGUAUUGUGGGAAGUGGUGACACAAAGAGGUAUCUCGAGCUGGUUGAUUAUUGGUCAAACGUAUAUGGUUUUAAAAUGAGCUGUAUGAAAAAGCAAGUGUUACGUGAGCCCAGUAUAGAGAUCUGUAAUGUUGAUGAUCUGAUAACAAGCACCGCCGAGAUCCAAGCCUUCGACUUGUAUAAAGUCACUAAAGGCUGUGUAAAUUUUACGUCGCCUUUCACGUUGAACGUGAAAAAAACGGGAUCGUUAACCGCGAUAAUCGGUUAUUUCGACAUUUUCUUUGAUCUGGAGAAUCCGGUUCAUUUUAGUACAGGUCCCCAUUCUACAUCAACACAUUGGAAACAGACAGUAUUUUCUUUAAGCGAGCCCAUUAGUAUAACUGAAGGUGAAGUUAUAAACGGCAUGUUGAAAUGCCAAAGGCACGAUAAAGAUGACCGAGGUUUAAUGGUCGUUAUUCAUAUCAAAAAUUUUUGUCAGACGUAUUUUUUGGAUUAAACUUGCUUAUUCCAAGUAACGAGCUAAUGAUAGUCGCAUGUGCCAAAUUUUGGGAAUAGGGUCCAGCUGUCACGUAACAAAGCUUCGAUUUUCGUAAAAUGUUCCUUUCCCGAAUAACAUAUCGCUCUUAAGCUCUAUCUCAAUUACUAUUUCCAAUUAGAAAUCUACAGAUUUUAUAAUGUCCGUUUACUUAAACGGAAGAUCUAACUUAGGCGUUUUGGAAAUUUAGGUCAUUCAUUUUUAUGCUAGAACCAUACAUAUAUUAUCAUAUUAAUAUAAAAUACUUUUUCUCUUUCGCAAGCGAGAUAUAGGAUACAGUGCUUUUCUCUUGAAUAUUUGUGGUAAUUACGAAGUAAUCAUUUAUCUAAUAGUUAUUUACAUUUGUGCCUUUUAAUGGUAGCGAUUUAUAUACAUAUAUUGUUCAUUUGUUGCGACAAUGAUGUAAUUCGAAAAAGAUUAUUUUUUAGUUAUUUGCAAAGAAAUAGAGCUCUAUGUAAUAUACUAAAUUUAAUGGUAUUUCUAAUUUAAUUAUCCUUUUGGUUAUUAGUUAUUAGUUUUUUUACAUUUAGUUUUUAGUUAUGUAGCUAUUACAUCAACAUCGCAUUCAAAAAUUAUAUUUAAAAAUUAUACAAGAUUGUAAAUUGAUUCGUAAAAUGUUCAAACUCAUUGUCUGGAAAACUUUGUUUCUUGAGUUAUAUUAUUGUUGCAAUAAGUGAAUGAUAUUGGAUCACUGUACUAGUUAAUGAACAAAUAAGAAAUUAAAUCAAUCAAAUGAACAAACAACCACAACUUAUACAAUUAAUAAUGUAAUUAAAAAUUAAAAAAUCAUUUACUAGUUCGACAACCAGUGCAGUGAUACAUAUAUCUCUCUAAACGAAUUAUACAUUUACAAAAUCAAUUUUAAGAAUUUUUGCAUGAACAAUAGAAUUUUAAUCUUAUAGCUGAUUACAUUAUGCUGACCGCGCGAGAGUGUAAUGCCAGAGAAGAACGAAAAAAAUAAAAAUUUAUGAAAAGAGAGCAAUGAAAUGAAAUGAAAUGAAAUUCGUAAGAGCUUUAUAGACACAGACAACGAUGCGUAGAUUCGCCUGAUUCAAUUUUUUAUAUAGAAUUCUAAGAAAUACUUGGCGAUCUACUUGACGAAGACUUCGUCAAAGAAGUUUUUGCUGCUUACGCUAGAAUUUUUCUCUAAACUUGAAUUCGUUGAAAUCUAUUGUUGGCGAUGUGAUGCCGUCGAUGGAUGUGACGUUUCGAUUGUCCGAUAUUAAUAUUACGCGAAUUUCCUGCCACUUUUCGUGCGUAUGAUGCAUACAAGAAUUACGCACCGUAUUAUCGAACAAUCGUUCUCGCCACCGAAUUGAAAUAGCAAUCAAACGACUAAUGCGAUUCUGUGAUACGACAAAAAAGAUAGCUAUAGUGUUCAUCGAGAGAACGUUGUACCGGUGAUAUAUUCUCCGCAGUUAUUUGCAGUACACAAGGACAAAGUACCUAUACUGCGCUAUUGUAUAAGUACGUAUAAUUUGCUGAAAUAGCUGAAUUUUGAUCCGAUUUGACCUGCAUGCAAUUGCUAAAUAAUUAUAACAUCGAUGAUCUUUUGAAAUAUAUGAAAAUGGAAAUAAAUCUUUAGAGUAUUACAGACUUCUAAA